CCACUACUGUGCAGCGUGAUUUUUUUAAACUUAAGACACACAUAUCUACUUUCAGAGCCUUGCUUCUGGAUGCUCGUUUGGAGCCUGCAGUUUCAAGUACUUGUUUGUAGACAGCAUAUUUUGAGAGGGACAGAUGUCUACUAAAUAAAAAGCAAGGUCGUGGUUGAUUACAAACUCUCCUUUUCACGUUGUAUUUCUAAGAGCUAGAAAUAUCUCAAUGGACUACAGGAUAAUUUUGUUGGGGUGAAUAAUUUCCACACAUAAAAUGUCAUGAAUUUAGUAUGAUUUUAAUUAAUUUGUAUUUUAACACUGAGUUUUCUGCUUCCUUGUCUUUAAAUGCUGGUCACUUAUCAGUAUAAGUUAAAUACUGUGACUAAAGAUACAAUAAAACCUCUAUCAAAGCAGUAUUUAGCUGAGUGAUAUACCAGCUAAUAUAUGACACCAUAUGACUGGACCAUCAGCAUAUACAUCUAGCCUCCAACAACACAGAUAUGUAUGAUCAAGUAUUUCUACUGGUUCCAUUCACAUGGAGUUUGUACAGUUUAUGUUCUAAAGCACAAAAAAUUGACAAGAUGCUAUUAGAAACUGUUUUUGACUACAUAUACUGUAGUUGAAUUCCUAUGUCUUAAGAAAUGGUUCCUUCUAGUUGCUGACAGCUCACACAAAGGGAAGUCCAUUUCCUGCCAACAGACUAUAUCGUCAUAUACCACCUCAUAGUAGGCUCCUUCUGUGAUAGUGAUGACACACAGAAAGUGGUGACUGCUUUGCGUUGCCUUAGAAAUCAACCCAAGGCAUCCUCAAGGAUCAACAGUAGGUAGUUGAAAAUCUGAAUUGAGGGCAGAAAUUCCGUGGUUAGAAACCAGUUCUUUGCAGAAUAGAGAAUGAGAAAUCAGAGCUCAGGGCAGAAGGGGCUGGGAGGAAGAAUGAAGAGCAAAGAAACUGUUCAUGGAGCUGGCAAAUAGCAGGACAAUGGCUGAAGCCAGGAACACCGUGGAGAAAGAGCCUCAGACUGCAGAGCCAGCACAAGUGAGCACGAGGGCUUUGAGGAGAACAUGCAUUGCAAGACUACCACCGCAGAAUGGACCGCCGCCGAGAGCUGUCAUCUCACAGCCGCCCAUGGUGGCAGACUCAGAGUGGUUUGGUCUGAGUGCAGAGGAACAACUGGCCUGGGCUAAGUGUUCUGAAGACCCUCGGAUUGCAGUAGGUUCCUAUUCCCCACUAGAAAAGAAAAUAAAGCGUUUAGGUGGCACCCAUUCUUCACGAGCGAGAAAACUGUUAGUCCAGGAGUUACAACAGGAGAGUGAAACAGUUGAUAAACUUAAGACCAUGUCUUUUGACUUCCGGUUUGCUAAAGCAGAUUCCUACUACUAUCAACAACAUCAAGAAAUGAUCAAAGAAGCAUGGAAUUAUACACCAGAUUCAGAAUGGAACAUUAACCCAGAGGAAGAGAAGAAGUCAAGAAGAAAAACAUCAGACAAUGAAAAAAAAUGGGACUAUCUAGUAUCUGAGAGAGAAAUAAAUCACAUAGAAAAACACAUACUGAGAGCUGAGCGGGCUAGAGGCCUCAGAGACAACAAAUAUAGACUACUCCCUGAGAGAAUUCCAAGUGAAACACUUUCCCCAAAACCAUUAAUACAAGAAGAUGAAAAGAAUAAAAAUAUCCAGAAAACAUACAAAGCUGUACCCCAAAAGCCCAAAGUAGCAUGGGCAAAGGAGCAGAUGAAGCGACAUAAAGACCGAAUGAUUCGAGCGAGAGAACUCACAGAACAGAAGAAUGAUGAAAAGAAGACUCAAAAAUUCCCCAGCCAUGGUCGUCCUCUCUUCAAAUCACGAGUGAAGAAGGAGGAAAAGAAAGAGUUUGAAAAGGUCACAGCUUAUCCUAUCUACCAGCCUUCCCAGGAAAAACUUAUAGAGGUGACUAUUCUGAUGGAAAAGUCGAAAGUGGAUAAAAUACAAAAACCACUCCACAGAGAGCUCUUGAGUAUGCCACCAUUUCUGAAAAGUCAACUAGAAAAGAAAACAAAGCUUAAAUUAUUUCCUUGAUGAUUGUAUUUCUUUCUUAGAGUAUUUUAUAGUAAUUAGUACAAUGAAAUCAUGGAACACAGACAUCUAAGGGGGAAAUGGCAGCUCUAGACAUACAUAUUAGAAAAGCACAGUAUUGAGGCCACAGGUUGUUCAAUUCUAUUCUUAUGGUACUCACUGGUCAGGGCUAAGGAG